CCGGGUGACCCCCCGCGUUGGGGGCGCGGGUGGAGGCUGGUGCAUGUGGCUCCUCCGCUCGCUGCUGCUGCUGCGCUCGGCGGCCGGGCGCGCCAUGUCGCAGGGACCCGCCCGCCGCCAGCGGCCGCCCAAGGACCCGCUGCGGCACCUGCGCACGCGGGAGAAGCGCGGCGCGGCGUGGGAGCCCGGGGGCCCGAACACCGUGUACCUGCAGGUGGUGGCGGCCGGCGGCCGGGACGUGGGCGCGGCGCUCUACGUGUUCUCGGAGUACAACCGGUACCUCUUCAACUGCGGGGAGGGCGUCCAGAGACUCAUGCAGGAGCACAAGUUGAAGGUGGCUCGUUUGGAUAACAUAUUCCUGACCCGAAUGCACUGGUGUAACGUGGGGGGGUUGUGUGGAAUGAUUCUUACCUUGAAGGAAACCGGGCUCCCCAAGUGUGUGCUUUCUGGACCUCCACAACUGGAAAAAUACCUAGAAGCUAUCAAAAUAUUUUCUGGUCCAUUGAAAGGAAUAGACCUGGCCGUGAGGCCCCACUCUGCACCAGAAUACAAGGAUGAGACCAUGACCGUCUUCCAGAUCCCCAUAUACAGUGAACUGAAGCGAGCAGAACGCCAGCCAUCUCAGAGUCCAGAAAGACUCAGUCCAGGGCAGUCUUCGGAUUCUGGAUCCGCCGAAAACGAGCAGCACCUUCCAGACGAUAUUGGCCAGAAGAAGAGCGGCCGGGACCCCGCCUUGGUUGUAGCUUUUGUGUGUAAGCUUCACGUGAAGAAGGGCAACUUCCUGGUGCUCAAAGCCAAGGAGCUGGGCCUGCCAGUCGGGACAGCUGCCAUUGCCCCCAUCAUUGCUGCUGUCAAGGACGGGAAAAGCAUCACUUAUGAGGGCAGGGAGAUUUUGCCUGAAGAGAUCUGUACUCCUCCAGAUCCUGGUCUUGCUUUUAUUGUGGUAGAAUGUCCGGACGAAGAAUUCAUUCAGCCGGUGUGUGAGAACGCCACCCUCCGGAGGUACCAAGGCGAUGCCGAUGCCCCUGUGGCGCUGGUGGUGCACAUGGCCCCCGAGCGUGUGCUGGCGGACCCCAGGUACCAGCAGUGGAUGGAGAGGUUUGGACCUGCCACCCAGCACCUGAUCCUGAAUGAGAGCUGCUCCUCGGUCCACAAUCUCCGCAGCCACAAGAUCCAGACGCAGCUCGGCCUCAUCCACUCCGACAUCUUCCCCCCGCUUGCCACCCCCCACCGCCAGGAGGAACACACCACCUUCCGCGUGCCCACGGUCCGGGGCGAAUGUCUCCUCAAGUAUCAGCUCCGUCCGCGGAGGGAGUGGCAGAGGGAUGCUGUCAUUGUCUGCAAUCCCGAUGAAUUCAUAGCCGAGGCCCUGGAGCUCCCCAAUUUUCAAGAGAGUGUGCAGGAAUACCGGAAGGCUAUGCAGGAUGGCCCAGCCCCAGCAGAGAAAAGAAGCCAGUAUCCAGAAAUCAUCUUCCUCGGAACAGGCUCUGCCAUCCCGAUGAAGAUUCGAAACGUCAGCGCCACGCUUGUCAACAUAAGCCCAGACAGGUCCCUGCUCCUGGACUGUGGGGAAGGCACGUUCGGGCAGCUUUGCCGUCACUACGGGGACGAGGUGGACAGGAUCCUGGGCACCCUGGCCGCCGUGUUCGUGUCCCACCUGCACGCGGAUCACCACACCGGCUUGCUGAAUAUUCUACUGCAGAGAGAACGAGCUCUGGCGUCUCUAGGGAAGCCGUGUCACCCUCUGCUGGUGGUCGCCCCAACCCAGCUCAAGGCCUGGCUCCAACAGUACCACAACCACUGCCAGCAGCUGCUGCACCAUGUCAGCCUGAUUCCUGCCAAGUGCCUUCAGAAAGGAGCGGAGGUCUCCAGUCCCGCGGUGGAAAGGCUGAUUGCGUCGCUGUUGGGAGCCUGCGACUUGGAAGAGUUUCAGACCUGCCUGGUGCGCCACUGCAAGCAUGCUUUCGGCUGUGCGCUGGUCCACACAUCCGGCUGGAAAGUGGUCUAUUCCGGGGACACCAUGCCCUGCGAGGCUCUGGUCCAGAUCGGGAAGAACGCCACCCUCCUGAUACAUGAGGCCACGCUGGAAGAUGGCCUGGAGGAGGAGGCCGUGGAAAAGACACACAGCACCACCUCCCAGGCGAUUGGUGUGGGGGUGCGCAUGAAUGCGGGGUUCACCAUGCUGAACCACUUCAGCCAGCGCUAUGCCAAGGUGCCUCUCUUCAGCCCCGACUUCAACGAGAAAGUGGGAAUUGCCUUUGACCACAUGAAGGUCUGCUUUGCGGACUUCCCAACGGUGCCCAGGCUGAGCGCCCCGCUGAAAGCCCUGUUUGCCGGUGACAUCGAGGAGAUGGAGGAGCGCAGGGAGAAGCGGGAGGUGCGGCAGGCACGGGAGGCGCUGCUCUCAGGGGAGCAGGCGCGCGGCCCCGACGACAGGACGCCCCCGCAGAAGCGGGCCCUCGUGGAGCAGCCUCGGAGCCCGCAGAGCAAGAAGGUCAGGGCGCAGUGAAGGCCCGGGAGGGACCCUGGGCUCGGAAGGCGGCAUCCUCGGCUCAGCUCACGGGGAGGCACCAGGGUGAAGGAGGGCGUGAAUGCGGGCCUGGGCUGGGCCCCCCCGCAGGGACAGACCUGCUGGAUGGGUCGUACCGCUGCCACCUGGCACGGCUUCGGACCUGAGGCUGCUGGACGGAAGAACAGGGACAACUGGGAGUUGGUACUGACCAUUUUUAAGGAAGCUGCACGGAAAACACAGCAUGGCCCGCCUGUUCCAGUCGCGUGCUCCCUCUGCACACCUGCGCCAAGCUGGGUCACAGGACGCUGGGUCGUGGACACGAUGUCAGAGUAUCCAGGACUCUGGGAAUAGCGUUGCCAGAGGCAGGCCUCAAGAUGCCGCCUGGAACCCGAGUGCUGUGCUUUGCCCCGGUGCCACCUGUGAGUAGAAGCCUCCUGCCCUGCGGCACAGUGCUCCCUGGCACCCACGGUCACCUGGAAGCUGGCUCUGCUGGUGGUGGUGAGGGCCUUCAGAGCCUGUCCCCAGAGAAAAGGGGGGAGACCAGGGAUGGGUCUCUGCCCCCCAGUGAGAUCUGGACCCUCUUACUGCCCUCAGUGUGUUGACAAAUCAGUCGUGGAUUGGGCCCUCUCGCCCUCCCUUGGGGAUCUAACAAUGGAGAGAAUUCCCGGUGGAUCGGUAUUUAUUGGUGAGAACAGAGCUUUAAAAGCUCAGGUGACUUAGAAGAGAUGGUUCGAGGACUCAGCCUAGCCCAGCCGUGACCGCAGGUGUCCUCCCGAGGAGUGUCCCCCCACAAGCUUAUUGUCGAAACAAGAAGAUAGGCCACGCUCAGGGAUAAUAAAUCUAUUUUAAUAACAUUA